CCAACUCUGUUUCUCCUACUCUCUCUCUUAAAGGAAGAGCUCGGGAAUUAAAUCGAAGAAAGUCUCAGAUCAGAGCGACCUUGGGAAAGUCUGGACCGUCCAUAUCCAACGCUUGCCGGCGAUCUCCAUGUCCUCCACCGUCCGAUCUUUCUCACUUGUCACCUUCCUCUUCCUCCUCCUCUCCUCCUCAUUCGCCUCCGAGUCAGAUCACAAGUAUCAGCAAGAUGAUCCGGUUACGCUUUGGGUAAAUAAAGUUGGCCCCUAUAAUAAUCCACAAGAAACCUACAAUUAUUAUAGCCUUCCAUUUUGUCGUCCUCCGGGCAGUGCUGCUCACAAAUGGGGUGGUCUCGGCGAGGUCCUUGGUGGAAAUGAACUGAUUGACAGCCAGAUCCAAAUAAAGUUUGGAAAAAAUGUGGAGAAGGCUGUCAUUUGUUCUCUGGAUCUUGAUGAAGCAAAGGUUAAACACUUCAAGGAUGCAAUUGAGAAUAAUUACUGGCUUGAAUUCUUCGUGGAUGAUCUGCCUUUAUGGGGUUUUGUCGGUACGAUGCAUGCGGAUAAGAAUGGUGAGAAGCAUGCCCUUUUCACACAUAAGAAAAUUGUCAUCCAAUAUAACAAAGAUCAGAUCAUUCAUGUGAAUCUCACUCAAGAGAUCCCAAAGCCAUUGGUAGUUGGGAAAAAAUUGGAUAUGACAUACUCUGUCAAAUGGAGUUUAACAAAUGUAACUUUUGCACGUCGCUUUGAUGUCUAUUUGGAUUACCCUUUCUUUGAGCACCAGAUCCAUUGGUUCUCCAUUUUUAAUUCGUUCAUGAUGGUUAUCUUCCUUACUGGUUUGGUGUCAAUGAUAUUAAUGCGGACCCUAAGGAAUGACUAUGCAAAAUAUGCUCGGGAAGAUGAUGACUUGGAGACUCUGGAAAGAGAUGUUAGUGAAGAGUCUGGUUGGAAACUCGUGCAUGGGGAUGUUUUUCGUCCUCCUCGCAAUUUAGUUCUUCUUUCGGCUGUUGUUGGGACAGGUGCCCAGCUUGCACUGCUUGUUCUCCUCGUCAUCUUAUUGGCAAUUGUUGGCAUGUUGUAUGUUGGGCGAGGAGCAAUUGUCACAACUUUCAUUGUGUGUUAUGCUCUUACAUCGUUCAUUUCUGGUUAUGUGAGUGGUGGGAUGUACUCACGCCAUGGGGGUAAAACUUGGAUAAAGUCUAUGAUUCUCACUGCAUCUCUAUUUCCAUUUAUGUGUUUCGGUAUUGGGUUCAUCUUGAACACAAUUGCUAUCUUCUACGGGUCUUUAGCAGCUAUUCCCUUUGGCACAAUGGUUGUUGUCUUUGUCAUUUGGGCUUUCAUCUCUUUCCCUUUGGCUCUUCUUGGUACGGUUGUUGGAAGAAACUGGAGUGGUGCUCCAAACAAUCCUUGUCGUGUGAAGACCAUUCCUCGUCCAAUCCCUGAGAAGAAAUGGUAUCUUACACCAUCUGUAGUCUCAAUGAUGGGUGGGUUGCUACCCUUUGGCAGCAUAUUCAUUGAGAUGUAUUUUGUCUUCACAUCGUUCUGGAAUUACAAGGUUUACUAUGUGUAUGGGUUUAUGCUGCUGGUUUUCUUGAUUCUCAUUAUUGUCACUGUUUGUGUGACCAUUGUGGGGACAUACUUCUUGUUAAAUGCUGAAAACUAUCAUUGGCAGUGGACUUCCUUCUUCUCUGCUGCCUCAACAGCUGUCUAUGUGUAUCUGUACUCAGUAUACUACUAUUAUGUGAAGACCAAGAUGUUCGGCUUCUUUCAGACCAGCUUCUAUUUUGGAUACACUUUGAUGUUUUGUCUUGGUUUAGGAAUCCUUUGCGGAGCUGUUGGUUACCUGGGCUCGAAUUUGUUCGUGAGGAGGAUCUACAGAAACAUCAAGUGUGACUAGCAUUCUUCUGAAGAGGAAAUAGACCGAAUGACACUUCCCUGCGCUCUUUGGUUGACAAUAAAUUUUGAGAGGAAGCUCGUGGGUCAUGUACAAGGGACUUGGCAUUUGUCUACAGAUCCAAAUCACAGGGUUUGAGGAUGGGGAUGUAUUCUUCUCUCUCUAGACUGGGGAUGCUCUGAGAUUAUUAUUUCUUCUUCUUCUUCUUCUUCUUCUUCUUCUUUUUGUGCUUUUCCCCCCGGCUGUAAGUGAAAGCCUUAAUUUAGGAUGCAGAAAUUGUUUCCAUAGUCUGGAAGUUUAGCAAAAUAUCGAAUCCACCUAUCAUUUGAAUUA